AUGUAUAAGAAAGAGAAGGAGGUCGUCAGAGCAGGUGUCAAGAACGAGGUGGUCAGAGCAUGUGUCAGUGGAACAUCGCAGCAGAUUCCUCUUUGGCUGAACAGAAAAGGCCCAGAUAGCGUGAAUGAAAGACACACAGAUCCUGCAAAUCGUCUCACGUUGCACCAAUUUCAGACACAACCAUGUCCGCUGUUCUCGACACUUCAGUCGGCAGAAAGGCCUGCAUGGAAGCCGAAAUGGUAUGGAAACCUGACCAGUGGUCGCCGGCCUUUGGCAGGAAUGGCACUCCGCUCAUGGCACUGCGACAAUAGCUCCGCUGCUCCUGCUCGCGAAUUCCAGAGAUGCGUGCAGCAGAUGCUCAUGCGCUUUCCGUGUAGAACGUCUCAGUACUCCUUCAUAAAGGUCAAAGAGAGAAAGGAUAAUCCGAGCAAAGCCCACAGCCGCGAUGUUGAUACAGAAUGCGCAAGUGCUCACUGCCAUCUCGCGCGAUACGAGCGAGUAAUCAGAUUUCCCAGAAGCACUGCGUGCGUUGUCGCCUUGGGUCUAUACAGCUUGUGCGCAGGCAGCCAUUACGGCGAUGGUGACUGUCCUGACUACAGGCAACGAAUCGAGAUUUGA